AUGCUUCCGUCGCGGCUCGUCCGGCCCAGCCGGCGCAUCGCACGCAGCGCCGAAACCACAGCCAUCUCGGUCACAUCACGCCCGGCCGUCGGCCCUCGCCUCUUGUCCCAAUCCCGACUCCAAAGGUCCCGCGAUCCCUACCAACGGCUCCGAAAUGCCCGCCCGCUCGUGCCCGACAUACUCGCGCGCAGGCUCACCUCGGCCGGGCGGUCGCGCAACUCCCAAGCGGUGGUGGUGGUUGCCGUCAUUGGCGCCAUUGCCUUUUACUUCUACAACUCCCAGACGGUGCCGGUCACGGGGAGGCGGCGGUUCAACUUCCUGUCGGACAAGUUGGUCGAGCAGGCGCAUUCCCGAGCCGCCGAGGCCGUCAUACUAUCUGUCGAGGAGCAGGGGGGCCAUUUCCUGUCCGACUGGGACCCGAGGUGCAUGCUGGUCAAGAGGGUCAUGAAGAGGCUGAUACCCGUGAGCGGCCUGCCCGAGCUGAAUUGGGAGAUUCGCGUCAUCGCAGACAACAGAACGGCAAACGCAUUCGUCCUCCCCGGCGGCAAGGUCUUUGUGCACAGCGGCAUCCUCAACGUGUGCCGAAACGAGGACGCGCUCGCGGCCGUGCUCGGGCACGAGAUUGCGCACAAUACCGCGUCGCACGUGGCGGAGCGGCUCUCGGCCGCGUGGGUGGGAAACCUCACGGCGGGCAGCUUGUUCUUCCUGGCCGGGGCGGUCCCCGGCCUGGCGCUGUUUGGAAUCUGGACGCUGGCGGGCGGCUUCUUCCUUCAGGAUCUGCUGUACUACCUUCCCAUGGGGCGCAAGCAGGAGAGCGAGGCGGAUUACAUUGGGCUGAUGAUGAUGGCGGAGGCGUGCUACGACCCCAGGCAGGCGGUUGGGUUCUGGCAGAGAAUGGAGAUGAUUCAGAAGACGGGAGGCCAGGAGGUGCCCGAGAUGCUGAGUACCCAUCCUUCGAACGAAAACCGAAUCAAUAAGAUCAAGGAAUGGCUACCAAUUGCCAUGGAGAAGAGGCAGGAGAGCGAUUGUAGUGGUACGUCGGCGUUUGCGGAUAGAUUCAGGAUUGCGCUGAGGAGGGGGAUUCCGGUUCAUGAGGUGUAG